UGGAACAGCCCGGCGGUAGGAGAGUGUUGGCUGCUGUGCGUAACUUUCAACCUAUAGGAGAAAAGUUUCUUCGUGAAAAAUCGAAAAAUUCAAAAUUCAAGUUUGAGAAGGAAAAUGGACGGGGCGUUUAUUCUGAAGUGUUCGUUUGUGAAAACAAAGUUGUAGUAAGCUGUGGAACUGAUGAGAACUCUAGAGCAGUGAAAGCGACUUACAAUGUUGGAAGUAACGUUCUGCAGGCUUUUCUAUGCCAGUUUGAUGAUCCAGAGACUAAAGAGAGUAAAAAUGUGUUGUGUAUUGUUGAAGAAACUUGCCUACGGUUUUAUUCUCCAUCUGGAGAAUCUUUUACGGUGCCUUUGUCAUUUCAGAUUGGUUGUGCGUAUCCCUUGGAGAAUGGAGUGAUUGUACAGGAGAAGAGACAAAAUGCACUCACUACACCGCAGCUAUAUUGUCUUCUCCAUCCUGCAGACACACUGGCAGCUGCCACUUUGAAUUGUCUAGAAGGCUCAGAUUAUGAUGACUGUUUGGAGUUGGUGUUUACGUGUCGGGACUUGCCUGUAGCUGUGUUUGUAAGCGCCCAGACUGGAGCUCACAGCAUCUGGUCUUUGAAACAAAUAGAGCCAUCACAGGCUUUCCAAUUGUUGACGUCUGAUUGCACAGCACUACGUCCUUCUACCAAUCUUCGCUCUUUAACAUCAUCUCGCACUCCUAUGUUGAUGACUGGUUCUGGUUUGGGCUUUAUAAGUCGUCAAUCGUCAAAGGGGAGUUUGCAUCUGAAUCAUCCGUUUAGUCGGAGUUCAUCUCCAUUUGCACCAACUACUGCAUCAGGCAGAACUCCUGAUAGUGCAAGGCCGAUGUUUGGGACUCAACUUUGGAGUGAUGCAUCGGGUCAUAGCUCGAAGCCUGAAUCAUUAACAACUGUAAUUCACCAAUGCCAUUCAAAAGGUCGAAGUCAAGGCUCUCAUCAGUCAAGUACAGUUUCAUUAGCACAACGUCUCAUUCGAAUUGACUAUCGGACACUUCCUCGUUGUGCACCACCUUCAUUUAGUCCUUACCAUAUGAGGAGAAGAGUUGCUAAUGUGUCAGGUGUUGAUCACGAUAUUUCAUUUGGUGACAAAUCAUUACUUGAUGCUAUGGCACCAUUGUGUUCUGCUCUGGAGUUAAAUAGAGUGUGGAUUGAUGAAGUAACAGGAGGGGAUUCAAGUAACCUGCAGUCGUCAAAAGUGUUUCUGUACGAAGAUUACAGCGAAAAAUGUUACAUCUGUAUUCUCACUGCUGGCAAUCUGAGGUUAGUUAGAUACAGCAAAGGUAGAGAUUUUACAACAGCUUGGUCUAGCUCUUCUAACAUCAGAUGCAUUGAUGCUUUACCCGUGAAGGAGCUUAGAGUUCUAUUACUGCUUCGAGAAGGCAGUCAUCUCUGUCUCUUCUGUGGAGAGCAAGAAGUUUGCAAGGUUGACAUUGGUUGUACUUUGAGUGUAAAACAGCUGAUCUCAUCUGCUAACAACGAUGCAUACAUCGAGAGUGUAUCUGGUCAGACUAUGCAAGUCAUCCUUCCUGCAGUUGCUUCAUCUACUGCUGUCAGUACUUGCCUUAAAGCACUACGGUGUGUUUUACCACACAAUGUCUACAACAGUCUACACAGCCAGUGGUAUGUUCAUAUCAUCAACAAGUCAAACCAGGCGAACAUUGGCAGCAGGAAGCUUCUAGAAAUAUUUAGUAGUUUUGUGUUGGAGGCUUGCGGCAUCAUGAAGAUUGAUAUGGAGUCUUCUGCAGCAGUUUCAGCUAAAAAUGAGGCUUGGCACAAAGUGCUUGAUGAAUUAGAGAAACCAGCAGCUGCUGUAGGAUACUUAGUUGGUUUGCCUCAGAUGGACAACAGUGUGGCGUCUGUCUCUAUUUGCAAACAAUUGCGGAUCGACGAUUCAUCUCUACUUUACAAUCACUUGGCUGUGGUUUUUUUCAGUCUUCAUCUUGUUCACGAAGAGAUGAAAUUGAAUUGUCUUUUUCAUGGAAGUUUGGUAGUUUUAGCACAACUGUUAGUGACUGUGGCCAUAUGUUUGACGGGUCACUCAUACCUCGAGUAUUAUUACAAAAGCUAUCCAAGGCUUUACCAGAUGUUGGCACAUUUGCAAGUAGAAGAUGAGUCUAAACGAAGGACAGAAGAGUAUCUAUCAGAUCUUUGUGAUGUCAUGCUUUGGCUGCAGAAUUCAUUUGAUUGCGAUCAGGACCCAUUCCCAGUGUUGAACGGCGUGACAAGGAGAACACAAAAUGUCUGCAUUGCUUUUAGUAUGUUUCGCAAACUGUCUGGACCUCAGCAUAAUUCAAACAGCAUUGUGAAAUCAGUUGGUCUCCGUGGUGAUGAUGAGGUUCAAGCAGCAAUAUCUUUAUAUGAAAAAUUAAUCAAAGAGUGUUCGCCAAUGAAUGCCAUUGUAAAGUUCAUUGCAGUUCAAGGCUUCUCACCAGAAAUCCUACAGUCACUUCCUGUUGGCGUAGCUCUUCCACUCAAAGAGGCACUCAACCAAUGUUGCAGUGAUCCUCCAACAGAUUGGCCAAUUGAAGCCUAUCACAUUCUUGGACGCGAUGAUCUUGCUAAGCAAAAGGACGUUACGAAGGGAAAAGACGUACGUCUAGAACCUAAAGCGACCAUUAGACCUUUACCUCGAAACUCUAAAGAUCGGGUUGAUGAUGGAAUGGAUCAUCUUAUAGAGGAUGAGAUUCUUCGAAUGCGUUUCAGUCAAGAUCAUAGGAUCAGAGAAGUACGACAUCUUUUGCAAUCGGCGAAACCGUGUCGAAUCACUGUCAAACAAAAACCGGAAGUUAGUGAUCAUGACUUUAUUGAAGAACAAGAGCGAAUGUUGUUUCUAAUUUGUCAGAGAACUAUGGCUCUUCCUGUUGCAAGAGGUAUGUUUACUCUUGGUACGUUAAGACCAAUAGCCACUGAGUCAUUGACAGUGCCUUCAUUGAUUCUGAAAGGACAAGCACCACCAAGGAACACUGCAGUCAAUUUAGAUCACAUCGACACUCCUGCAGGGAUGACCGAUUGGCCUGAAUUUCAUAACGGAGUUGCAUGUGGCCUUGUCAUUGAUCCAAGAAUGAAAGAAGUGAACUCUGCUUGGAUCACAUACAAUCAACCAGCAGACAAGCAGCUAACUAACGAACACGCUGGCUUUCUGUUGGCUCUUGGGUUAACAGGCCACUUGAAAAACCUCGAUACACACCACAUCCACAGCUACUUGGCAAAGGGACACGAACUAACAAGUGUCGGGUUGUUGCUUGGUCUUGCAGCUGCAAAGCGAGGGACGUCAGACAUUGAGGUGACGAGAAUACUCAGCAUCCACGUACAGGCGUUGUUGCCUCUUGGGUCCGCAGAACUGGACAUACCGCCUCUCGUUCGGGUAGCGGCUCUAGCCGGAAUAGGAUUGGUAUACGAAGGAACCACACACAGGCACACAGCAGAAGUCUUACUUGGAGAAAUCGAUUGCCCGCCCGGACCCGAGCAGGAGAAUGCAACGAAUAGAGAAUCGUAUUCACUCACAGCAGGUCUAGCACUAGGAAUGGUCACUUUAGGGAAGGCAGAUAGUGCAGUAGGUUUGUCAGAUUUAAAAAUCGCCGACACUUUGAUUGCAUACAUGACGUCUGGUCAGCCGAAGAGACCAGCAAAGGUGCCAAAGAAGGAGGACACUAGCAGUCAACGGAUUUUGGAAACAGGCAGGGUCAAUACGCAUGUUACUGCGCCGGGUGCCAUCUUGGCACUCGGUCUUAUUUACAUGAAAUCCAAUAACGAUUGUAUUGCUCAGCGUUUGGACACUCCCGACUCGCAGUUUGCUCUCCAGUCGAUACGACCCGAUUUUCUCACACUUCGAAUGAUUAGCUACGGUUUGAUACUGUGGAAUACAGUUAUGCCAUCGGAGCAGUGGGUUGAGAGCCGUAUACCACACAAUGUCGGACGUCUUGCAUUUCAAGCAAGCGAGUCUGACGAUAUAAAGUCGGAUGAAAAUUUUGUGGAUGUCAAACUGAUGAGUGAAGCAAAAAUACACAUCACAGCCGGUGCUUGCAUGGCCAUCGGCCUCAAGUUUGCUGGAACUGCAAAUCGAUGUGCGUUUGAGUGUCUGUUGAAGUACUGCAAAGAGUUGUUUGCUUUGUCAACAAGUUUAUCAGCCGAUCAAGUUGGGAAGUUUGCUAUAGAAUAUUGCCUGGGUUGCUGUCUCUUGGCUUUGUCUAUGGUUAUGGCUGGUACGGGCAAUGUGCCUGUUCUUCGUCUCAUUCGUCAGCUACAUGCUCGUUUGCAUGGAAAUGAGAUCAACUAUGGUAGUCACAUGGGUGUGCACAUGGCACUCGGGUUUCUUUUUUUGGGAGGAGGCCGGUAUUCACUAAUGGAAAGUGAUCGUGCCAUCCCGUCUCUUCUCUUUUCUGUGUUUCCAAUGUUUCCUUACCACAGCAGUGACAACAGAUAUCAUUUGCAAGCUUUGAGACAUUUGUAUGUGUUGGCUUGUGAACCAAGGCUGCUUAUUCCUCGAGACGUGCACACAUUGAAGUUGAGCUAUGUACCAGCUGAGAUCAUAUUUAGGGAAUCUGUCACUUUCCCAGUCUUACUUCCUUGUCUCCUACCGCCAUUGAAUUCCAUCAAAGAGGUACGAAUUUCAUGUGAUCGGUACUGGCCUAUUCGAGUACUCGUAGAAGGUAACGAAGAAGGCAUUAGGUCAUUAUUAGCUGUUGCUGGAGGGAAUCUGUUAGUAAAGAAGCGUCAAGGCUAUUUGUCAUAUCAGCAAGAUCCCAAGGGUCAUUCAUCCAUGUUGGCUCUUCGUAAAAUUAAGAGCACAUCAGAGAACUUUGGACUGCUGUCUGGCACAGGCAGUAAACAUGUAGCUGGACUCCAUGGACUAGAGCUACCAUCAGAUCAUGGAAACUCAAUGCCUGAGUAUUGGUUACCUCUUGCUUCAAUGAAGAUAGGUGCAAACCAAACGUUUGGUUCUCAUUUCCAUAAUGUGGAGAGUGGUGUGCAAGAACAAGCAGGUGAAGGAGCAGAGGUAGCUCUGCGAUUCUAUAGCAGUGUACCUAAUACCGAUUAUAAAAUGGUAUGCAGAGUGAAUAUGUUUGCUCCAUGGUUUGGAAAUUGUGCUGUUACUUCACGGGAGUUGUGACGGAAAUGUGUUAAUUUCAAUGCAGUCAUAUGCAUGUACAUUUGUAUGUCAUGUCUGGGUUCUACCAUCGGGUAACAAGAACUAAAGUAGACAUGAUGGAAUGAACAAGGUGUACUAAUUGUUGUACAGUUGCAUGGUAAUAUCAGAUGCUCAAAUUGUGUAAGAUUUAAAGCCGACCUCAUUCACUCUGGCAUGUGGCCAUACAUGUCUAUAUUGUACCAUUAUAACAUCUGCUGAUAUUUUGACAUCAUAA